AUGGCUUGUAACUCCGCAACAAUGGCCUGGAGAGCUAGCGUCCGGGCUCGUGCCCUUCCUACCUCCCGCUUCACCCAACGGCCGUCGGCAUUGCUAUCAAAGCGGGCCCAGCGCUACCCCGGUGCUUCACGAUAUGCCUCGGAUUCAGCCGCAGCUAAGGAGACAGCGAAGGAAGCUACACAAGAGGCCGCCAAGGAGAUCCCUCGCAAAGCGGGCCGUAGCUCUAAGAAGGCCUUGUACGGUACCUCGUUGGCCUUGACCUUGCUAGUGGGCUACAUCUAUGGAACCGAUACCAGAGCCAGUAUCCACAGAUACGCUGCUGUGCCCUUGAUCCGCCUCUUGUGGCCCGAUGCGGAGGAUGCGCACCACAUUGGCGUGGAAUACCUGAAGACGCUCUACCGGUAUGGUCUUCACCCGCGCGAGCGUGGCGACCCGGAUCGUGACGGUGUCCUGGCAACUGAGGUCUUUGGCUACACCCUCUCCAACCCUAUCGGUAUCUCCGCUGGUCUGGACAAGCACGCCGACGUCCCCGAUGCGCUUCUCGACAUCGGUCCCGCCAUCGUUGAGGUAGGUGGCACCACCCCUCUGCCACAGGAAGGCAACCCGAAGCCCCGAGUAUUCCGUCUGCCCUCGCAACAUGGCAUGAUCAACCGCUACGGCCUCAACUCCAAGGGCGCCGACCACAUGGCCAAGGUGCUGAAGCAGCGUGUAUCUGACUUCGCCUACGCUGCCGGAUUUGGCCUGCACGAACAAUCUGUGCAGCGCGUCUUGGACGGCGAAGCCAACGUCCCACCCGGAAGUCUGGUCCCGGGCAAGCUUCUCGCCGUGCAAGUUGCCAAGAACAAGCUCACACCCGACGGAGACAUCGAAGCCAUCAAGCGCGACUACGUCUACUGUGUGGACCGAGUGGCACCGUACGCCGACAUCCUCGUCGUGAACGUCUCUAGCCCCAACACUCCCGGCCUACGUGACCUCCAAGCCGCCGCACCCCUCACAGCAAUCCUGACUGCGGUCGUGGCAUCCGCUAAGAGCGUCGAGCGCAAGACCAAGCCCUACGUGAUGGUCAAGGUAAGCCCGGAUGAGGACUCUGACGAGCAGAUCUCCGGCAUCUGCGAGGCGGUCUGGAACUCCGGCGUUGACGGUGUCAUCGUCGGCAACACCACCAACCGUCGGCCCGACCCCGUGCCCCGGGGCUUCGUCCUCCCUGCCGAGGAACAGAAGACCCUGAAGGAAACCGGCGGUUACUCCGGUCCCCAACUGUUUAGUGGUACCGUUGCGCUUGUCGCCCGCUACCGCGCCCUGCUUGACCAGGGACCCCCGUCGCCUGCGACGGACUCAGAUAAGUUUGAGCUUCCGCGGAAGGUUAUUUUCGCUUCCGGCGGUAUCACUACGGGUAAGGAGGCGCGCGAGGCUCUCAAUGCCGGCGCUUCGGUCGCUAUGAUGUACACCGGCCUUACCUACGGUGGUGUUGGCACUGUCACUCGGGUCAAGCAGGAGUUGCGUCAGGAGCUGCAAAAGAAAUAA